CCAACCCCAGCCAGUCCUCCAGCCCUUCCUCAGCUGGAUGCCUGCAGCCCUGUGUCUUCCCUUGUGAUGCCUUGCAGUGACGUAAAGCCUCAGGUCAUACAGUCACCAGCCUCGCCUGAGUCAGUGGAUUAUUUGGCUCCGCCUCCAGCCUCUGAUCCCUUCCCUCCACCUUGGCCCGUCGGCUCCGCCUUGGCUCCUCCCUCUCUCGGCUCCACCAGAGACCCUCGGCCUUACGACUCCACCGGGUUCCCUUGUCCCUCCGGCUCCACCUUGGUCAGUCGUCACUCUGCCUGCGUCUUCAGUGCCAGUGGUGUCGCUUGGUUCCAUCAGCUCUCCGUCGUUGCCCUGGGAUCCCCUGACAUCGGCUCUGUCUCCUUCAGUCGUCCCGCGGAUGUCGUCGGCCACACGAACACCUUGGCUCCUCCCUCCAUCGACUCCACCGUGGGCUGUCAUCCUUGCUGCGCUCUGGGUCUGCAACACCUGGCCACUCCUCCCAUCAUUGACCCCAUGGUUGCUCCCACCAUCUGUGCCUCCAUGGGGUCACUGCCUAUCUGCCUGCCUGUUCUCAACAGCCCUCUGCCUGCUCCUCCUCUCCAGCCCUUCUCCAGCUCCUCGCCCUCCUCCAAAGCCCCCACCAUCCCUCCCUUAGCUGUCAUGCUGUCUUGCAGUUGA